AUGCUGCUUGAGGCAAUACAAAACCUUUCCACAGACUUAGGGAAGCAGCGACGUGACUCACCACAGAACAUUAGUCAGACGUUGGAUGCCCUGCUGGAACUCUUGUCGCUCUGGCACCUCACGGGAAACGGCGAAAGCGGACGUGGGGUCCUGGCCAAGGUUGGCGCCGCACUUACUACAGCGCGAUUACGAUUCCAAGAACUCUCCCUCAACUCGGAUCUAGUGCGAAUCAAACCUUCGGAAAUCAGAGACCGCUGGCCACCCAAAGCCAGCAUGGCUUCAAACGCUGCCUGCGUCCUUGACGAACGCAUUAAACUGGCUAUCAAACUUGCCCACAACCUCAAAAAGACGCACAGUUCCAACGAGAUUGCCUCAUCGUUGUUUCUGCGGAGCUAUCCAUUCAAUGUGGACGUCAUAGAGGAUAACCAUGGUGUCAACAGUUAUAUCAGUAAGUAUUGA